AUGUAUGCUGAUCGCGAAGAAGCUCUUCGCCACACACUUGAAACAGACAUGCGCCACCCGCCUUCGAUGAGUGCGGCUGAUCGUGAGCGUCAACUCCAAGAAGAGUUACGUCGUCGUGCGGCUGACUCUCGUCGUCCAGACACGUACCAUGACACAGUGUCGUAUCGUGGCGGGGAGGAGUCUAUGUCGCCUGAUGCGCGCCGCGCGUCUCGUCGGCGUGGCGUUGAUCCGUACAACGACGAACGUGGUCGUGCGUACUACGACCAGCCGGACCACAGCGACAACCGAUGGAACGAUUAUGCGCGUAGCGAUCACCAUCGCCAUGGACCGCAUUAUGAGGAUGCAGCGCGUCACCACCGCGGUGGCGGCCGUCGUCACCGUCACCAUCACGUCGAGACUCGGCGACGCAGCCGAAGUCCACCUCCGUCUCGCCGCGGUCCUGCAUUGCAGGGCGCAGCGUAUGAAGCGCGCUCGAUUUUGUGCAGUGAGUUGGAGGCUCGUGUAGGCCAGCGUGAUCUCGGUGAGUUUCUUGAAGAGUACUUGGGCCGCGAUACGGUGCUGGAUGUCCGUUUGUGUGUGUCUUACCCUUCCGGCGCGAGUCUCGGUAUAGGCUUUGUGGAAUUGGCGCAUCCCGACCUGGUAUCGCGUGCGCUUGAGCUCAAUGGCAAGCCUAUGUUUGGUGCACCUAUUCAUAUCCAACGUACGGAUGCCGCGAUGGGCAAUAGCAUUGUGCAGAGCUAUGAGCCGAAGGCUGAGUCGUCACGCAGUGCUACGUCGUAUGGCCCGUCUAUGAGUGCGCCGACAGGUCCGAUCCUGCCACCCUCGGCGAUGGAGGCGCAGGGCAUCCCUGCUCCGUCCAACCCGGAGGCGCGGUUGUAUGUGGGCAACCUUCAUUUCGAUAUUUCGGCCGCGCAUGUCCGUGCUGUGUUUGAGCCGUUUGGCCGAAUUGACGAUGUGGAAGUGUACUAUAACCCAGCGACAGGCAAGAGCAAAGGCUUUGCGUUUGUCCAGUUCCGUGAGAAAGCUGAGGCGCAGCAAGCGAUGGAGCAGCUGAAUGGAUUUGAGUUGGCCGGUCGUGCGAUGCGGGUGGGGCCCGUGAAUGCGCGUGGGACUGGUCCAGAGAGAGAAGGUCGUUCGGAGGGCCCGUCGUCUGAGCCGCCUAUGUCAUCGAGCGACAAGCGCUUUGCGUUGAUGGAGAAGCUGGCACGGACCGACACCGAGAGCCAGGAGCCCAGUCGUCCAGUCUCGAUUCCUGAGGCGACCAGCUGUGCAGUGCUACUGAAGCACAUGUUUAACCCUGCAGAAGAAACUGAGCCGAACUGGGCGCAAGAUCUACGUGAAGAUAUCCGUGAGGAAUGCUCUCGUCAUGGCCAUGUACAGUUUGUCUAUGUCGACCAAGAUAGUGCCGAGGGCGAAGUGUACGUGUGCUUUGGCCACGCCGCGGAAGCGCAGCAAGCGCGGACGAGUUUGCAUGGCCGCUUUUUCGGCGGCAACCGCGUGGAAGCCAGCUUUAUUCCUGAAGCCUUUGCGAAAGUCAAGGCGGGCUGGUUGUAG